UCACGCGCAUUUGUCAGAGAGCACCACCAAGUUUGGUCGACUCCGAGUUUGAUGGCACAUGCAAAGAAAGCAUCCGCCGUGCGCCUUCGCCCUUCGCCUGACGGACGACGAACAAGCUGCAGAGAGAUUCUCGUGUCAUGAACCCGUGGCCGUACCCGUUGCCGCCCCCGAAUCGAAGCGAUCUUGUCUGCCCCUGCCGCUUGGCAUUGGCAACCUCCAUCUCCCCGCCUACCUACGACUACGAGCGCGCAUCGUAUACCAGCAGCUGCGGUGCCCGGUGCCGCCGCCGCUGGCCGCCGGGGGAGGCAGAAGUCGUCUAGUGAGAGGAGAAGAUGCCUCCACCGCCGCCGGCGACGGCCACCGCUCGUCCGCAGGUCUACCUCAAGAGCCACGGAACCAGAGUGGCGAGGCCGCACCUCCUGGACUGGGUAGUGCUGAUCUUCCUCGUGGCCGUCGACGGCGCGCUCAACUUCAUCGAACCUUUCCACCGGUUCGUCGGCGCAGACAUGAUGCCGGGCCUCCGGUACCCUCUCAAGGACAACACCGUGCCCGUCUGGGCCGUGCCGGUGGUCGCCGUCGUUGUGCCGGUGGCCAUCAUCGCCGGGAUAUACGUGAGGAGGAGGAACGCGUACGACCUGCACCACGCCAUUCUCGGCCUUCUCUUCUCCGUGCUUAUAACCGCCGUCCUGACCGACGCCAUCAAGGACGGCGUCGGCCGGCCGCGCCCCAACUUCUUCUGGCGAUGCUUUCCUGACGGUCUGCCGGAGUACCACAACGUGACUCGAGCAGCCAUCUGCCAUGGAGACCCGGCGGUGGUCAAAGAAGGGUACAAGAGCUUCCCAAGCGGCCACACCUCAUGGUCGUUCGCCGGGCUGGGAUUCCUGUCCUGGUACCUGGCCGGCAAGAUCAGGGCGUUCGACCGGCGAGGGCACGUCGCCAAGCUCUGCAUCGUCGCCCUGCCGCUGCUGCUCGCCGCGAUGGUCGCCGUGUCCAGGGUCGACGACUACUGGCACCACUGGCAGGACGUGUUCACCGCCGGAGUUCUCGGAUUGGUGGUUGCUUCCUUCUGCUAUCUGCAGUUCUUCCCACCACCAUCUGGUGAACAAGGAUUUUGGCCUCAUUCCUACUUUGAGCACAUCCUCAGCCUGGAGGGUGAGAUCCAAGUGCAGUCAACAGCUGACGACUCGAGUCCUCAACACCCGUCACUGACACUUGACUCGUCGCCAGGUCGUGAGUUGAGAACCACUAGCCAAGCACUGGCUUCCAUGGAGUCAGGAGACCACAGAUCUCAUCGAUCUCAGUGACUGAAAUCUGCAGUUUGUCUUCUUCAUCAUCUCAAGAAGACCGUAUGCUAAUUUCCAAGGGCAUUACUACAUCAGAAAAUUUACAAAACUCGAUUAGAACCUACAAUUACAGCUCUGAUGAUGUGCUCCUAUGUCAUUCUUUCACUAAUGAUUUUCAAUUCACAUCUAGUAGUAAGCAAGCAAAAAGUACAGUUCCCCUUUUCAGCUGUCCGAU